UUUUCGACUCAUAACCUCCAAAUGUGUUUUUACUUUACCAGAUAUAAAAAAAUGUAUUUUCUUAUCUAAAAUGUGAAUAACUUACCAUAAAUUCGUCUCUUUUGGUUAUAUUUCACUCAACAAAUUUAACAUAAAAAUAUUAAAAUAAAAAAAAAAAAUAAAAGUAACUUAAAGGACAUCGUGUGACAAAGUUGAUACUGUAGGACUUCAAGAUAAAUGAUUGGUUAAAAUUAAAGAAACUUUGUUUUUUUUUUUAAGUUCCUCUAGUAAAUGUAACUUCCCACUUCUUGUUAGACGUUCCGCUCGUCCCCGUGCGUGCUCGCGCUCAUGCCGCGCGUCAUCAUCAUUUGGAGCCAGAGCGCGCAUGGAUCAGCUGUCCGCCGGGGAGAGGCGCACGAGGAGCCGUCCGAGAACAUGAGCGUGGAGAGAAUUUUCGACGAGCUCGGACACUUCCAGAGAUUUCAGGCGUGUCUGUACUUUGCAGCAGUCUUCCAAGCCAUCGCCUGUGGGAUUCACUACCUGGCCUCUGUUUUCCUUGUGGAGACUCCAAACUUUGUGUGUGGAGCUCCUGAGAACAUCACAGAUGUUCUGUAUGGAAACUGGACCGGCUCUGCCCUUUGGGAGGUCCUGCCUGUCUUCUCAGGGAGAGGGCCCCUGUUGGUGAGGACCUCCUCAGGGGAGCAGUGGGAGCUCAGCCGGUGCCAGAGUGCCCUGCGGAUUGACCCCAAAGACUUCACCUAUGACUUUGCCGGUAACAGAAGCGUGAGCGCCUGCGGCGGCGGGUUUGUCUUUGACCACACAGAGGUGCAGCAGAGCAUCGUGACGGACUGGGACCUGGUGUGUGACAGGGAGUGGCUGGCCAAGCUGUGCCAGCCCACCUUCAUGGUGGGGGUGCUGAUCGGAGCUGUGAUGUUUGGAGACAUCGCUGACAGAGUUGGACGCGUGAGAAUCAUGAUGUUUACCAGCCUCUGUCAGUUUGCACUCGGAGUAUCCGUAGCCUUCUCUGGAAACUACUACAUCUUUGUGGUGCUGCGUUUUCUGCUGGCGAUGGUGUCCAGCGGCUACCUGGUGGUUGUUUUUGUGUACGUGACGGAGUUCACCGGCAACAAGGUGCGCACGUGGACCUCCAUGCACGUGCACGCGGCGUUUGCCGUGGGCGUCAUGGUGGUGGCUCUCACCGGUUACCUGGUUCGAGUCUGGUGGAUCUACCAGAUCAUCCUCUCCAUCUGCACCUCCCCGUUCCUGCUCUUCUGCUGGAAGUUCCCCGAGACGCCUUUUUACUUGAUGGCCAAGGGCCGGUACCAGGAGGUCCAGGUCCUGCUGGACAGAAUUGGACGCUUUAACGGGCUCGAGUGCAAGAUGAAAGCGGAGGAUCUCCUGGAGCCGGAGAAGACGGAGGGCGGCAAAGCGUUGCUGCAGAAGGAGGCAGAGGAGCAGAACCUGCAGCCCGAGAAGAGGCUGACCAUCCUGGAUCUGUUUGGCACCUGGAGGAUGGCCGGCCGCACGUGCACGGUCUGGGCCAUCUGGUUCAUCGGCAGCUUAGGCUACUACGUCUUCUCCUUGGGUUCGGUUAAUCUGGGAGGAAACCAGUACAUCAACCUCUUCCUUGCUGGUGCGGUGGAGAUCCCGUCUUAUCUCGUCGGCUGUUUUGCCAUGGACCGGAUCGGACGGAAGAAGACGUGCGCGCCGGCUCUGAUUCUGGCUGGGGUUGCUUGCGUCCUCAUCAUCGUGGUCCCAGCUAAGUUGGAGUCUCUGGUUGUCGCGCUCAGCAUGAUAGGAAAGUUUGCUGUUGCGAUCGCGUUCGGUCUCAUCUACCUGUACACCUGUGAGCUUUACCCCACCAUCAUCAGGUCUCUGGCAGUAGGAAGUGGCAGCAUGAUGUGUCGAGUUGGAAGCGUUGUGGCUCCUUUCUGCGUCUACCUGGCAGACGUUUGGAUCUAUCUACCUCAGCUCAUAGUCGGAAUUCUGGCCUUCAUCAUCGGCGUCCUGACGCUGCUGCUACCAGAAACGCUCGGGGAACCUCUGACCAGCACCAUGGACGAGGCGGAAGCUCUCGGACAAAAGCUCGCCAAGAACAAACAAGCGGAGGAGGGGGUGGAGCUUAACCAAACAAAAGCCUAAUUUUUUGAUAAAACUGCCUCAAAACUA